AUGGCGCAUAUGAUGAAUGCAACGAAUGGGCAUUCAGCACAUGGUAUUCACGCAUCUCAUCAAGCUAUAGAUCAUUUAAAUAUGCAUGGAAAUAUGCACAAUUCUAUGGAUCAUGCUAAUAUGGAUCAUGGAAGUCAUCUUACUUCUGAUACGAACUCAUGUGCCAGUAUGGGAAUGCACGGUAUGUCAACGAUGUGGUUCCAUGGAGGAUACUGUGAACACGUAUUAUUCGAAUCGUGGAAAAUCACAUCAAUCAGUGGCCUUAUAGGAUCUAUGGUCGGUAUUAUGAUCAUGGCUGCACUUUACGAAGGUUUGAAAUAUUACCGAGAAUAUUUGUUUUGGAAAAUGUAUAAUUCUCUUCAAUAUAGAAGUGUCACGAUGCCCCAAGAAAAAAAUGUCGUAGCCGAGGAUAACAGGGUUGUUCAUAUGGUUGGAGAAGUAAUACACAAACAACCGCCCACAAUGUUAUCAUGGAUGCACACGUUUCAAACGUGCUUACACAUUGUGCAAAUCGUGCUGUCAUAUUUCCUUAUGCUGAUCUUCAUGACUUACAAUGUCUGGUUAUGUUUUGCUGUAGUACUUGGUGCAGCAAUUGGUUACUUUUUAUUUGGAUGGAAAAAAUCUGUUAUCGUGGAUGUUACAGAACAUUGUCAUUAG